AUGGACCCUGACGACGAAGAGGAUCUCACCAUCCUCCUCCUGCUCCUGCUGGUACUUCUUCAUCAGCAGCAAGAACCAAGAAGAAGAAGACGCUGGGAAAUGGCAGAGGAUGGAGUGCCCGUAACCCGAGUCGCGCCGCGAGGGGCCGUGACAAAGCCCAAGGCCAGACCUAGUCAGGGGGAGACCGCGUCCCUUUCAGCCUCAGCUGCCGCUCGCUUACUACAAGAGCAGGAGCGGGAGCAGAAGGAGCAGAGUCAGUACGCACGAGAUCGAACGAGAAAAUGGGUCGAGUCACUCGCUCGAGAUCGCCCGCAACCCGAGGCGAGUUCACGGGAUCCGAAGACGCCUCUCACGAGUACCAUCCCGACUCCUUCCUCCCAACCCGUCACUUCGAAGCAAGGUCCGCAACUCAACAGCAACAACGACAACAGCAAGAGCCAAAAGCAAGAGACGCAGCCCGGCAACAAUACCCACACCAAGCAAGGCAAAAGGCCACAAGCAGAGAAGCGGUCAAAAAGAUUUCGGAGUAAACCUCCCGUGUCAUUUCAAGUCAAGCUGGAGCGAUCACGGUACCAACGGAUGAUCGUCCUGGACCGCAGGCGCACCGUAAAGGACGGUGCCCCCUGCGAGCAUCUGGACAUCGUGGGGUCGACCGGCAACGUGUACGAGGUCGUCAUCGGCCGCACGCCGGACUGCAACUGCCCGGACGCCCUCAAGGGCAACGAGUGCAAGCACAAGGUCUACGCCAUGCACACGGUCCUCAAGGCCCCGGAACAUCUCCAGUACCAACGGGGACUCCUCACCAGCGAACUCGAGGAGAUUUUUGCGCGUGCACCCCCGAUCCCCUCAGAGGUCGGGAGCGCCGCGGACGACUCCUCGACGACAAAGGGCAACCGCAAGCCCACCGAGGGCGAAUGUCCCAUCUGCUACAUGGACCUCGAGCCAAAGAACAACAGACUGGUGUGGUGCAAGGCACAGUGCGGCCACAACCUGCACAGGUCGUGUUUUGACCAGUGGGUCGCCAGUAUGCCGGGCAAAGAGGUGCGCUGUGUGUACUGCCGCGCCACCUGGGAGGUCGACGUCGGUGACGCCGAUGCCGUCAAGAAAGCCGGACAGCCUGGUGCGGACGGAUACGUCAAUGUCGCAGACCAGUUUGGCAUGUCGACCGCGAGAGAUUAUUCGAGCUACCACCAACCCUGGGUGCGAAGACAGUUCGGUGGUGCUGCAACCUGA